AUGGAGUCUGCCGCAAACACCCGAGGAAACACUCACGACGGAGGAUCAGACAGCGCAAAGAAGCACACGGAGACGUCUGCAGCUGCGCUGAUCGCGUCCAUUGAGGCCUUCGUGGUUGAGUGCAUGAAGGAUUACGAUCCCAGCCAUAACCCCGCGCAUAUUCGACGCGUCGUGUCGCUUGCACUGCGGAUACUGCAAGCAGAAAGAGAAAGCGCCGAGACGGGGACGGCGACGGUGUACGAUGACCUGACCGUGCACCUCGCCGCGCUGCUACACGAUAUCAGUGACCGGAAAUACCUGCCAAAGAACUCGGAUUCGUCGAUCCCGGCGGACAAGCUUGUGGAGCAUGUUCUCCUCGAGCACGGCGCGGACGCGACGCUCGCGCAGCGGGUGCAGACGAUCAUCUCGCACGUUUCAUAUACGACUGAGAAGAAAGACCCCGAGCGUGUACGUCGCUUGAUCGAAGAGGACGGCUAUGUUGAGCUUGCGAUCGUGCAGGAUGCAGAUCGGCUGGAUGCCUUGGGGGCUGUGGGGAUUGGGCGGUGCUUUACGUUCCUAGGGGCCAAGGGACGGGAUAUGCUUAAAGAGGGUGAGACUUGGGAGAUGGAGAAUUCGAUUCGGCAUUUCGGAGAGAAGUUAGAGAGGCUUGAGGGGAUGAUGAAGACAAGGACGGGGAGGAGGGCUGCGAAGGUCAGAACGGAGAGGUUAGUGGCUUUUCGGGAGUGGUGGGAGGACGAGAUGGAAAAUAUGAUUUAG